AAACCGAAGACAUGUUUGGAUUCUGGAAUGUAGAGAGCUGAGCCUAACUAAAUCAAAUUUUAGUAUUUUAAUUGUUUUCUUUUUCCUUUCUUCUUCUUCUCCUACAUUUUCCUUGCAUCCAAACUGAAGAUAUCAAAUUGCUUUCUAAUUUUAUAAUGAAGUAAUGUCGAUGUGGAAGCACUGUUUAUGGAGUUGAAACUCCGCUUUGAAUUUAUUGUUGUUACUAAUUUUUCAGAUUAGUAGAUUAAAAAUGAGUUGGAAUCCACAUGUUGAGGUUCAGUACCGUAACACCAGCUACCCUUACAACAGUGCUGGAAGCUUUAUAGAAUACUUUGAAGGGCUUACAUACGAGCAUGUGAAUUUCAUUUUUGAUGGCACUUCACAUGUUCAGGAAAGUGUUUACCCAUUAAUGGAUACAAGUCUUUACAAGUUUGGGUUAUCUGAAUCUGAGAGUACUUCAUAUUACAAUUAUGGUCAUCCUUGUGAGGUCAAUUAUCAUGAUCCAUGCAGUGAUGAUCACAGAAGGCCAUCAGAGAACACAGUGAAUAAUGAACAAAAUGCAGCUGUAAAUACACUAAGGGAAAGGAAUAGAGACACUACUACUCGGGAGAGUGUUGAAUGUCCAUGGAGACAUCAUAAUACACACGAUUAUCAGCUUGUUUGGCAAGACAGUAUUGAUCCUGACAACAUGACUUAUGAGGAAUUACUUGAGUUAGGUGAGACUGUGGGGAGUCAAAAUCGGGGUCUUUCCCAAGAUCUUAUAGCAUUGCUCCCAAUCUCAGAAUACAAGUGUGGAUUAUUUUCUUGGAAGAAAUCAAGAAAUGAAAGGUGUGUAAUUUGCCAGAUGGAGUAUAAACGAGGUGACAUGCGCAUCACUCUACCAUGCAAGCAUGCGUACCAUGCUGCUUGUGGGGCCAGGUGGUUGAGCAUAAAUAAAGCUUGCCCUAUAUGUUACACUGAGGUGUUUGAUGAUUUGUCAAAACUUUAGGAAAUAAUCAGCGAUGAACAUAGAGCAGGUAACCUUAGUAUCAUUUUCUUAUAUUUUUCCAUCUGGUUAUCUUUCCUUCACACAGAGAUGCUUGUUCUGUUUUCCCACUAAAAAAAAAUUGUCUUAGAAUUUGCAAUAAAUGAAGAAGAGUAUCUACUAUUGAAAAUGGACAUGAUGUCAGUGAGACCAAAAGAUUGUACAGAGUUUUCAUGGUUCUUUUCCACUCAUCCACUCAAUUCUAUUUUUGUUCUUAAAACCUUGUAGACUUAGUUCGAUUUGACUCAAUUUUUUUUUACUUGGUCAAGUGACUGUGAAAGGAAAUUUCGUAUGCUUAUGCAGAGUCGAGGAACAGAACUCAGCAUCCUCAGGUCUCACCUUGACUGGGUGUUAUGUGAUGUUAUGUUUAUAAAAUUUAGAUUUUACAGUAA